AUGGAGCAAGUUGGACGUUCCUACCACGAUGCCAUAUGUGGUGCUCUAGUGGCAGCUAUGUGUUAUCUAAAAUCUCGUCAACCUGCUGUAACCCAUGCUCCACAACAACUACCUAUCUGUAAAGCUGUACCGUUAAGUACAGAAUGGAGUCAGAUAGAAGUUAUAGAUCUAAUAAAUGAUGGUACUGGACUAGGAUUUGGUAUUAUAGGUGGACGUAGUACUGGUGUUGUAGUUAAAACUAUACUACCUGGAGGUAUAGCUGACAAUGAUGGAAGGUUACGAAGUGGAGAUCAUAUUCUACAGAUUGGUGAUGUUAAUGUGAGAGGAAUGAGUUCGGAACAGGUUGCUCUUGUUCUAAGACAGAGUGGUAGCCAUGUUAGAUUAAUUGUAGCUAGAUCUAUAUUAGAACCCCCACCCUACCAGGUCCCCAAUGCUCCCAUCAUACCAACUGGUAGCCUUGAUGAUCAUCUUAUGCAAAUUAAUGAGAUCAUGAACAUGGACAAUUCUGAUGGAGAUGAAAAUAAAUUUGGUGAGAAUGAAUAUAACCAUCGUGGAAAUAUGCAAGGUCAAGUACAAGUUCAUCCACACCCUUCAAGUUAUGAGAUCUAUGAUGAUUUGGCUGGAUCUGAAAUAUUUGAUGUUGAUUUAGCUAAAGAUCAUCAAGGUGUUGGUAUUACUAUUGCUGGCUAUAUUGGAGGUGAUGAUGGACCUGGAAUAGAAGAUAUAUCUGGUAUAUUUGUUAAAUCUAUUGCUGAAAAUUCUGCUGCAGCUAAAGAUGGAAGAAUCCAAGUCAAUGAUCAAAUUAUACAGGUUGAUGGUCAAUCGUUACAUGGCUAUACUAAUCAUCAGGCUGUAGAAGUUUUAAGAAAUACUGGACAAGUUGUCAAUUUGAAAUUAAUACGCUAUACUCAUGGUCCCAAAUUUGAAAAAUUACAACAAUAUUUAGGUCAGGUGAAUCAGAUGGUAGUACCCCCAGCAGUAAAUAAUAAAUCACCACCACCUCCCCCUGUCACUACCACUACCAGCCCUAUAGAAGAUAAUAAUAAUAAAGAUAUAGAUGUAGAGGAUGUCACAGUAGAAGAAGAUUACAUUGAACAAGAAACCUUCUCUUCUCAAAAACUUCAUAAAACAGUUGAACAAGAAACCUCCUCUUCUCAAAAACUUCAUGAAACAGUUGAACAAGAAACCUCCUCUUCUCAAAAACUUCAUAAAACAGUUGAACAAGAAACCUUCUCUUCUCAAAAACUUCAAAAAACAGUUGAACAAAAAACCUCCUCUUCUCAAAAACUUCAUAAAACAGUUGAACAAGAAACCUCCUCUUCUCAAAAACUUCAUAAAACAGUUGAACAAGAAACCUUCUCUUCUCAAAAACUUCAUAAAACAGUUGAACAAGAAACCUCCUCUUCUCAAAAACUUCAUAAAACAGUUGAACAUAAAGCUUUAAUUUUUUUAAAACUCUGGAACAAUUGA